AAAAGUCUCUUUUGACCACCGCGCCCUCUCUUUCUUGCCUUCUUCCUCCUAUCUGCUUCGGCAUUUCCUUUUCCUCUUCUGUGAUCCACAUCAAACACAGACUCUGAAUCCAAAUGUUUUAUAUAUGAUUGCCCAGUAUUUAUUAGAAUUUGGUUAAUGGGUUUGUUCCCUAAGAACCUCUGAACCUCUAAACAAUAUCCUUUUUUUUUUUUUUUUUCCUCUUUUGGUGGGGGCAAAUCAUGGGUGCUUGUUUAUCGUCACAUAAAGUCAGUGGUUCGAACAGCAACACAACCACAACCACCACCACCUCCACGACGACCACCACCACCUCCACCAUCAAUCAUAAUCGGAAAGCUGCUGUUUCACAACAAACGACGCCGACGACAAAAGUCGCGGCAAACAGACAAGAAUCGUCGCAGCAUCAACAUAAUAACAAUAAAAGAAAUGAGACCUACAAGAAUAAUAGGAAUUCCCAGCAGCUUAAUAACAAAGAUAAGCACAACACGAGGCGGGGCGGGGCGAUCCCAUGCGGGAAGCGCACCGAUUUUGGAUACGCUAAAGAUUUUGACAAGCGCUACACGAUUGGGAAAUUGUUAGGACAUGGACAGUUUGGGUAUACUUAUGUUGCGACCGAUAAGGCUAAUGGGGAUCGAGUUGCGGUCAAGAGGAUUGAGAAGAAUAAGAUGAUUCUUCCUAUUGCUGUCGAGGACGUUAAAAGAGAGGUCAAGAUAUUGCAACAACUUACCGGCCACGAGAAUGUGGUUCACUUCCAUAAUGCAUUUGAGGAUGAUUAUUAUGUAUAUAUAGUUAUGGAGUUAUGCGAGGGUGGUGAAUUGCUGGAUCGUAUCUUGGCCAAGAAGGAUAGCCGAUAUACUGAGAAAGAUGCAGCUGUAGUUGUACGGCAGAUGCUCAAGGUUGCAGCGGAAUGUCAUUUACAUGGCCUGGUGCACCGUGACAUGAAGCCAGAGAAUUUUCUUUUCAAGUCAAGCCGAGAGGAUUCAUCUUUGAAGGCUACAGAUUUUGGAUUGUCAGACUUCAUAAAACCGGGAAAGAAGUUCCAAGAUAUAGUAGGCAGUGCAUACUAUGUUGCUCCUGAAGUAUUGAGACGUAAGUCGGGGCCUGAAUCAGAUGUCUGGAGUAUUGGUGUAAUCACCUAUAUUUUGCUUUGUGGGAGGCGACCGUUUUGGGAUAAGACUGAGGAUGGUAUAUUUAAGGAGGUUUUAAAGAAUAAGCCUGAUUUUCGUCGCAAGCCAUGGCCGAGCAUAAGUAACAGUGCUAAAGAUUUUGUAAAGAAGUUAUUAGUGAAGGAUCCUCGGGCAAGGCUAACUGCUGCUCAGGCUCUUUCGCACCCAUGGGUUAAAGAAGGAGGUGAUGCAUCGGAGAUCCCUAUUGAUAUUUCUGUUCUGAGUAACAUGCGGCAAUUUGUGAAGUACAGUCGAUUGAAACAGUUUGCUUUAAGGGCAUUGGCUAGCACACUGGAUGAGGUGGAGAUUUCUGAUCUCAAAGAUCAAUUUAAUGCGAUUGAUGUUGAUAAAAAUGGUUCUAUUAGUCUUGAAGAAAUGAGACAGGCCCUUGCAAAAGAUCUUCCUUGGAAAUUGAAAGAUUCACGUGUCCUUGAGAUACUGCAAGCGAUUGACUGCAACACUGAUGGGCUAGUAGAUUUCACCGAGUUUGUUGCAGCCACUCUUCAUGUGCAUCAAUUGGAGGAACAUGACUCUGAGAAGUGGCAGCAACGCUCACAAGCAGCUUUUGAGAAAUUUGAUGUAGAUAAAGACGGCUAUAUAACCCCAGAAGAACUCAGAUUGCACACUGGCCUAAGAGGCUCCAUUGACCCACUUCUCGAGGAGGCUGAUAUUGACAAAGAUGGGAAGAUAAGCCUAUCAGAAUUCCGAAGACUUCUGAGAACAGCGAGCAUUGGUUCAAGAAAUGUAACGAGUCCAUCUUGUCAUCGGAACUCUCGAAAGACUUUGAUGUAGAAUGAAGACAAAGUUUGAAAAAAUUGAGUGAAGUGAGAGAGAUGGUAAAGAGAGGUGGUGUUCCACUUUCUGGUUGUGUUUACUUGGAAGAUUGUAUUCCAAUUCAAGAAAAGCUCCCCAUCUUUCUUCACACAGUAAUGAUAGGAAGAACUUUUGAGUCCAAGCAUCCAUUAAUGGGAUUCUAUUCUACAUUUUUAAUGUGAACGCAUUCACCGAGAUCUUUGGUAUUAGAGUUGGUUCGUAACUGCACAGGUUAGAAUUUUGUGUUAUAUUUAGUGUAAAUUCUUUUGGAGUGCUGGGAAUUUCUCGGUUGUGCCCUACAAAUUGUAAUGUGUGACAUAAAUAAACUUACUAAAUGAGAAUAUGGUGGAUCAGAAAUCAUUCAUUUU